UUACUGUUACGUGUGAAUUUCAGACGGCAGGUUUUUGCGAGUGAAGCCUAAUUUGAAGCAAUAAUGGGUCACAAAGGGAAAAGGUACUCUUCUUCGUCUUCCGAAAUGACCAGUAGUGACUCUUCAAGAGAGAACUCACUCUCUAGAGAUCAAAGGAGAGACAGAGAAGCAGAGAAGAGAAAAUCAAGAGAAAGGAGAAAAAUCAAGGAAAAGAGAAGAAAGCGACAUAGAUCAAGCAGUUCUAGUGGGUCCUCAUCCUCUUCGUCAUCAUCACGAGAAAGGGAUGAUUCAGCUAAACGACGGCGAAAGAAAAAGACCAAGAAAAGGAAGUACUCAUCAUCAGAUAGCAGCAGUAGUAGCUCAUCAGAUUUAGGGAGCAGUGAUUCAGACAGUUCCUCAAGUGAUUCAAGCCUUGAACGACGAAGGAAGAGAAAGAAGCAGAAAGAGAGCAGAAAAGAUAAGAAACAUAAACAGAAGAACAAGAAAAAGAAAAGGAAAUCUUCCAGUGGAAGCGGUCCUGUUAGAUUAUCCCAUUACAUGAAUGAUGAGAAAGAUGUUGCUAGAAGCGUAGUGUCAGGUCAGAAGAUUAAAAUGAAAGUCAGAAAGACAAGCCAGGAUAAAGCACGUGAAAAGAACAGAGAACAAUUGCUCCAGUUUCUGAAUUCAACAAGGAAUUGAGACAAGGCUGAUGACAGUAGAGAUGGAUUAUUGUUUCACUGUACACCAUGUAUCUUUCUUGGGCAAGUGUUGGUCCUGAAAAGGACCACCCAAUCUCGACAUUUUGACAAGUGUUUUUUUGUCGUCCUCAGGUGGUACAUGAUGUACAAUGAAACCUACUACACUAUUGUUCUUCACCAUGGAAACCUUCAGAAGAUGGAUUAUUGAAUAGCUUUAUACAUCGUGAGAAUGAACAUCCCAAAUCAAAAGUGAAGAAGACCUAUAGAGUUUUGAUUUCCUUUAUUCUGAUUGGCUAAGAAGCACUGGAUGUCAGUUCUUUCAUGAAACACUUCCCUGAUGACAUCAGAAAAAGUUUUCACUUGAGACAGGUCACAUUCCUGAAAUGCUUGAGACUUGAGACAGGUCACAUUGCUUUCAAUUGGGAGACAAUUUUGGUGGCCACUGGAGACAGGUUUCCAUUGAAGACAGGUUUUAGUGUUUAUAGGAUGCUGUGCUCAAUUUGAAUCUCUUGGGACCUCAAAAAUCUGUUCAACUUUAUAGAAGGGGUAUUCAAACAUCCCACAUUUUGUACAAACUGGACUGAAAAAUUGCUCUGACUUGGAUGAUUAUGUGGAAAUAUACAGAGUUACAGACUUAACUUAUUAAUGUGCCUUCUUGAUUGAAUUGGAUCCUGGCCAUGAUUCACAUCCACUAUAUGUGAUUUUAGGGAACAAUUUAUUCUUUCAGUACCUCAGAUAAGGAAUCAUAAAUUUACAAUUUUGUUGUGUAAUUGCUGUCCAAAUAUGUAACACAAGUAACCAACACAUUUUAGCACAUACAGCAAAAUCAAAAUAUUUUUCUGACUUUAUUGAACAGCUAAACUUGUUUACUAAAUGAUGUGCAUACAUGAUGUUAAAUUAUAGCUCAUGAAGUCAAUGGCCCUUCAAAUGUAACAGAGGUAACCAUGGAAUUUCCCUUUCAUAGUCAGUGUAUGAUACAAGUUGUUCUAUUCAACUGAAAUAAAAAUAUUAAAUGACUUGGGGGAAAAUACAAAGACAGGAACAACUUUAUGUAUAGAUUGUAUUUUGAUGUAUGCAAAUUCAAAAAUUAAUUGAAAAAGAAAUACUUUUCUAUUAGAAAAUACAUGUAUCGAAUUGUACUGAAUUUCAUUUUAAUGUUAAAGUUGACCCUCAUUUCUUACAAUUCCUUUGUGUAAUGUCCCAAUGCAUUAAAUGGCAAGGGCAAUUUUGAAACCUUGCUUAUUAGUUUUAAUGAUAUGAGAAUAGUUUCAUAUUUCCAGAUGCAGUUGUAUCUCAUUUAAAAAGUAAGGAAUUCAUGCAGUUGAUAUAUCACCCUGAAAUAAUUUGAUUCUAGUUUGUUAUGCUUGUAAAAAAUUAGUUAGAUUAGUUGUAUUAGUUAGAUUUCUGGGAAUAGCUUUGAUGAUUCCCAACAUCCUGUCAAUCUCAUUUUCUACAGCUUAAGACCUCAUCUGAAGCGGAAAGAGAAAUUAGAAAACUACCAAUCAAAAAACAUCACAACAAUGCAAUUUUUAUUCAUUUUCACCUUUUGUGAGCGGAGUAUUUUGCUUUUGAAAUUAGUAGGCAUUGGAGACCUUUGAUGUAAUACUGUGUGAGCAUGGUUGAGAUUACAUGUGUCUUUAGUGUACGAGAAAAAAAAAUCCAGAUUAGGGAUUGGAUUUUGCUCACUAUAUCACUUGGAAAUAUCCUGAAAGGUAACCCCUGCUUUAAAAAAUAUGAAACCUUCAGCUCCAGACUAAUUUUUUAUGUGAUUUUUUUUAUUUCCCACUUUAAUAUAUUGCACAACUUUCCUUCUGUAAAUGCAUUCAAAUUCUGUCGUGGAGGUUUCCGGUUCACCAUGUGUAAUGUAAAGGGAUGGAAUUAAGGCUACGAGAUAGGAUGAAAAGAAAUAAGCAUUCUUUCUUGAAAGUGAGUGAAGUCCUGAAAAGGACUGGAAACUAGAUGAGAUGAGCUGAAUAUGGCUUGAGUAGCGAUGGUUUGAGUAGUACCUACUACUACAUCCUGCUACUACUCAAACCAUCUUUACAUUUCACAUGGUGAACCGUAAACCUCCACAUAAACUCCACCAUACAAACCUGCAAAGAUAACCUCAUUCAAAUUCUGUGUUAAAAAUGUUUGCCUGGCAUUUUGAUUUGUCAGUUUCACUUUUCGCUUCAGAUGGGAUCUUUAAUGAUAAAAAGUGUAGGCUAAGCAUCACUGUAAGACAACAAUAAUGAUAAUGAAUUGGAAAUAAAAUUGGUAAAG